GCCCUGAAAACAAAACCGGAGAGACAAGCACCAAAUCAAAUUCACCAAAAACCGAAUUCCGGCUAACUAAAAAACGUUUUUUGAAAGCGAAACAGAACAACAAAAAAAUUAUAACAACUGUGAAAAACUUUUCAACGUUUCGAAAAAAGUCUUAAAAAAACAUACAAUAAAUUUAAGAAAUACAUUUUUUUGCGCCUUUUUGUUUCUGUGCCCUGUGACCAUUAACACUCAAGCAAAAAUCAGCAAAGAAAAUCGAAAAUAGAAAUCUGCCGAAUGUCAGGAAUUUGUCAGCUCUGAAUUCGUGUGGGAAAAACUGACAGCAGUCAAAAUAAUAAAAGAAUGCGCGCUAAUUGAGGAGCAGCACAACUAACCAUUUUGAUAGCGAAAAAUGCCAGAUUUGCGAGCCGCGCCUGGGAAUUAAGGUAGCGAGGUAGCGCCAGGGGCAUCCCGUCGAGAAACCCACGUCCACGAGAUGGACAACUACACGGACGUACUGUACCAGUACCGCUUGGCCCCGUCCGCCAGUCCGGAAUUGGAAAUGGAAAUGGAGCUGGGAGAUCCUCGCCAGCUGGGACGCGGUCUCCAUCUGCCCGCCAACGAGUCGCAGCUGGAGAUGCCCGACUAUGGCAACGAGAGCCUGGACUAUCCCAACUACCAGCAGAUGGUCGGCGGUCCGUGCCGCAUGGAGGACAACAACAUCAGCUACUUGAACCUCACCUGCGACUCACCGUUGGAGUACUCCAUUCCGCUAUACGGCUACUGCAUGCCCUUCCUGCUGAUCACCACCAUCAUCUCGAACUCCCUCAUCGUGCUCGUGCUGAGCAAGAAGAGCAUGGCCACGCCCACCAACUUUGUGCUUAUGGGAAUGGCUAUAUGCGAUAUGCUGACGGUUAUAUUUCCGGCACCGGGUCUCUGGUAUAUGUACACAUUCGGCAAUCAUUAUAAGCCACUGCAUCCGGUCUCCAUGUGUCUGGCCUACAACAUUUUCAAUGAGAUAAUGCCAGCCAUGUGCCACACCAUCUCCGUUUGGCUGACUCUGGCCCUCGCCGUCCAAAGAUACAUCUACGUGUGCCACGCCCCCAUGGCCCGGACAUGGUGCACGAUGCCGCGGGUGAGGCGGUGCACGGCGUACAUCGCCCUGCUGGCGAUCCUGCACCAGUUGCCGAGGUUCUUCGACAGGACGUACAUGCCGCUGGUGAUCGAGUGGAAUGGGAGCCCAACGGAGGUGUGCCACCUGGAGACGUCGGAGUGGGUGCACGAGUACAUUGGCGUGGACCUGUACUACACGAGCUACUAUCUGUUCCGGGUGCUGUUCGUCCACCUGCUGCCCUGCAUCAUCCUGGUGACACUGAACAUACUGCUGUUCGCGGCAAUGCGGCAGGCGCAGGAGCGCCGGAAGCUGCUGUUCCGCGAGAACCGGAAGAAGGAGUGCAAGAAACUGCGGGAGACCAACUGCACCACACUGAUGCUCAUCGUGGUGGUGUCCGUGUUCCUUCUGGCCGAGAUACCCAUUGCCGUGGUCACCGCCAUGCACAUUGUGAGCAGCCUGAUUAUCGAGUUCCUGGACUACGGCCUGGCCAACAUCUGCAUCAUGCUGACGAACUUCUUCCUGGUGUUCAGCUACCCGAUCAACUUUGGCAUCUACUGCGGCAUGUCGCGCCAGUUUCGUGAGACCUUCAAGGAGAUAUUCCUGGGCCGGCUGAUGGCCAAGAAGGACAGCUCCACCAAAUACUCCAUCGUCAAUGGCGCCCGCACAUGCACCAACACCAACGAGACGGUCCUCUAGUAAUUGGUGAUGUUGGUGCCGCGGCGGGGCAGCAGCGACCACCGUCGCAGCUCCACCAGCACCACCACCACCACCACCACAAAGACCAUUGGUGGCGGGUCAAUGAUCAUCGGUGGUGAGGCCUCAGCGCAGCACCAGCAUCUGGUAACGCACCACCUGCAGACCCACUCACAGACGCACAGUCAGCAGCGGCGGGUCAGCACCAUGGACAUCAUCACCGAGGAGCGGAUUGUGUAAACUGGGUGCAAUUCUCGGGAUGGAUAGAUGGAUGGUUGGGAUGGUUGGGAUGGUUGGGAUGGAUGGAUGUAUGGAAGGAUGAAUGGAUGGAUGGGUUCGGAAUCGAUUGGGUACGGCUAUCGGUAAUCAGAGAUCCCAAUAUACUGUUGAAAAUACGGAGCGCAAUUUAAAAAUACAAUUCUACAUUCGUUAAUGGUCUCAGCAUGAAAUUUUUGUCAGAAUUUGCAAUUGCAACUAACCUAAACCAGCAAAAACCAAAAAAAAAGCAAACAACUCCACUUAAAUUCACCCAUGGUUUUCCAAACAGAGCUAAAACAUAAAAAACAAAAAAAGUAAGGUUUCAGGAGAAAACUACAUAGGCACACGGGUGCAACUAAUAUCAAUAUCAGAAUAACUAAAAUUAAUAGACGAUUGGGAAAGCGGCAGUCUGAAUUUUGAUGGAUUUUGUAAUUGAGAGAUUUUCACUUUGAAAUUUACUACAACUAUUUGCAGUUGAAAAAGGUUAAGAAAUAGAUAUGUUAGCGUAUAACCCAUACCGAAUACGAGUAACACCCAUACCGAACACUAAGUCUCUGUUCCCCAGAACAAGACACAAGUUUCUCCAUUCGAAUAUGUGUGUAUUUCUCUGUGCGUUGAUGUCAUAUUCAGAUUAAAUGUUAGCUCCUAAGACCAUACCAUAUGUAUAUGCUAUGUGCUAUUUUUACGGCUAAGGGUGUACUAUGUCUAAGUCGAGGAGGGGUGCGGGGAAGUGAUAGUGGUGGGGGAAUGUGAGGGUAACAACAAUAACAUAAUACUACAGUAGGGUUAGGAGAAAUACUUACAGGAAACUCAAGAGUCGUAACUAUCGGAUUGAAAAGCGAAACUGAAUUAAUCGAGAUAAUCGAUAGUAUUGACGAUUAAUGUAAGAUUCUAGGGUAUUUACGAAAUUUUGAAACCACAGACCUGUGUGUAAACAUGUUUAUUUAAAAGCAAAUGUUUUGUGCGCCAAUUUGUAAAAUAUUUUUGUAUUCUAUCUAGGGUUCCUUAGCGUAGUUAGCUGUAGGAUGGAAAACUCGUUUAAAUUCGUAAACCUUUUGAGCCCCAGAGUUUACCGAUUUAAAUGCAAGUUAAGAACACACAAAACAACAUAAGACAUAACAAAUCAGUCGUAACGAAUUUCAACUCAAUGUUUCUAGGCUACGCGUACGUUCGUUUUUUUUUCUAGUGUAAGCAACAAUAUAAACAAUUGUAGUGCAUUGUUGAUAUGUGUACACGCGACACGCGACACGCGACUAACAGGUACAAUUGCAGUUCCCGGUUUAAAUGUUUUCAGUGUACACAACAAGCUAGGUGACUAAGCAUACAACUAUGGCUAAAGCUAAAACUACAACUUAAAUUGCAACUACGCAACUAUGAACUAUAACCAUAACCAUAGCUGAAAGUUGUCUGAAUGGAAUGUGUUAACUAUUUAUAUGUAUUGGAGACAACAGAUUCGGUUUCCGUUUCCGCUUUCGUUUCAUCUGAUUUUGAUUACGAUUACGAUUAUGACCUGAUUUUGUACAUAUAUAUUUCGUCGGGUGGAUCCAAUAAUUAAUAAAUAAACUAAUUAAAUGUCA